AUGACACCCUUACGAGUUGAAGAACGACAAGUACUAGUUGACUCAACAUUUAGUUCUCUGUCAUACACAAAACUCAGGGAAGCGACUCAAGCCUCAAAUACCACAAUCCAAGCGGCCAUCCAAGCCGCUUGGACGCGAGUACUGGCAUCUUAUUUGGGAGAGGACUCAGUUGUCUUUGGUGUCGCGCUGUCUGGAAGAACCGUUGACGAGACCAAGGAUGUCGCGUUCCCAUGCCUCAACACAGUGCCUGUUGUGGCAAGCAGCGUUCUGUCUAAUGCCGACCUGAUCAGCUACAUGAUGAGCUAUAACCAACACCUUCACAAAUACCAAUUCUCGCCGCUCAGUCAAGUGCAGAAAUGGCUAGGUCACCCCGCAGGCCCCAUAUUCGACACUCUCAUUGCGUACCAGAAAAUGCCAGAUCAGAUCACUUCGGUUGUACCGUGGAAACUGGUCAACGAAGAAGCCAAAGUCGAGUACUCAGUCUCAUUGGAGAUUGAACCCACGGGCGAUGAUCAAAUUCGCUUAAGCAUAACGUACUACAGCGACAUUCUUCCCCGGGAACAAGCGCAGCUGUUGAUGAAGCAGUUCGAUGCUUCGCUAACCCACAUCGCCUGUAAUGCUGCUGGUUUUGAGGACGAAGUGAUGAGAAAUUCUUUAUCACUGUAUUCAAUACUUCCUGCAUCAGCCCCUGUAAUGGACACCCCCGUUCAGCUCUUACACCAAUUUGUCGAGAAGGGAGCAGUUUCUCAUCCGGAAAAAAUUGCCCUCGAGUUUGUGUCAGAGUUCGAGGGAGAUGCAUGUGUCAAGCAACAAUGGAACUAUCAUCAACUUGACAGCCUGGGUAACAAAGUAGCCAACAUGCUUCAAAAUACGGUCUCCCCUGGCGGCAUUGUUGCGGUACACUUUGAUAAAUGCCCCGAGGCAUAUUUCUCAAUCCUGGGCAUUCUAAAAGCUGGGUGCUCGUUUGUCGCACUGGAUCCGUCUGCACCAAGGGCGAGAAAAGAGUUCAUUAUCGAAGAUUCCAAAGCACCUUGCUUGCUAACAAGGUGCUAUAAGGAUCUUGAUUUCGAAGCCAAAACCAUGGUCAUGGAAAUAGAAACCCAGGCUUUGAACGACGUGACCGAGGAGCAUGUCGUUUUACACCCCAACAUAUCUCCAUCAGAUACUUGUUAUUGUCUCUAUACAUCUGGGACAACAGGAACGCCAAAGGGCUGCGAGAUCACUCACGAGAACGCUGUCCAGGCAAUGAUGGCGUUCCAGGAACUUUUUAAAGGCCACUGGGAUGAGGACUCACGUUGGCUUCAAUUCGCUGCUCUCCACUUUGAUGUUUCCGUCCUUGAGCAGUAUUGGAGCUGGUCCGUGGGAAUGGCCGUCGUUGCUGCACCCAAAGACCUCAUACUCGAUGACUUGACAGCAGCCAUCAAUAGGCUCGGCAUCACACACAUUGACCUAACUCCAAGUCUUGCGCGACUCACACAUCCCGAUGAAGUUCCCAGUCUCUGCCGUGGUGUGUUCAUUACAGGCGGCGAACAGCUUAAACAGGAAAUUCUUGAUGUUUGGGGACCGCAAGCUGUCAUUUAUAACGCAUACGGCCCUACCGAAGCCACUAUCGGUGUCACUAUGUUUCAGCGUGUGCCCAAAAAUGGCCGCCCUAGCAACAUCGGAAAGCAGUUCCCCAAUGUUGGUUCAUUUGUGUUCAAACAAAACACCAAUACGCCAGUCUUCCGCGGUGGCGUUGGAGAGCUUUGCGUGUCAGGGAAAUUAGUGGGCAAGGGUUAUCUCAACAGACCCGAACUUACAACAGAGCGGUUCCCUACACUUGAAGAAUUCGAUGAGAGAGUAUACAGGACCGGCGAUCUUGUCCGCGUGCUCCAUGAUGGGUGCUUUGACUUCCUCGGUCGGGUUGACGAUCAAGUCAAGCUUCGCGGCCAGCGACUUGAAAUUGCCGAGAUCAAUCAUAUCAUCCGUACCGAUGUUGUCGAUAUUCACGACGCUGCAACUAUUGUGGCUCGCCAUGGAAGUAGUGGCAAGGACGUUCUGGUAACAUUCAUCGUUGGCCAGAAGUCUCAAAAAGGUCCCCUUGAGAUCCUGAUGGAUCAGGAGGGCCUGGCUGCGCAAGCAAAAGAAGCCUGCCGUGCCAAACUUCCAGGGUACAUGGUACCAACAUAUAUCCUGUCACUUCCAUACAUACCCCUUUCCUCAAAUAACAAGGCAGAAAUCAAGGACCUGAAAAGACUUUUCAGCGAACUUGCACCAGAGAAGCUCUUGGAGCUUUCUCAUGCCACAACAGCACCUGUUUCACAGGGGGCCCAGAAGAUAGUUGACCAAUUGCUUGAGAGUAUUGCGCAGUUCAGCAACAUGAGCAAAAAUGACCUAUCUUCAUCGACAAGCAUCUUUGACGUUGGCGUGGACUCAAUCACAGCCCUCAGACUUUCCUCCCUCCUCAAAUCCCGCGGCCUCAAAGCAGUAUCCCCUGCUUUGCUGCUUAAAAACCCCAUCAUCGGCGACCUUGCCAACUCUUUGGCCAAGAACACCUCAAAUCGACAAGAGAAACUUGUGCAAGAGGUUAAGCAGUCCAUCCAAGCAUAUGGCCAUCGACACCGUGGCAUGGUAUGCCGCCUCCUUAAUAUCGAGCCAGCUGAUGUCGAAUAUGUUGCCCCAUGCUCACCAUUACAAGAAGGCAUCAUAACUCGGUCAUUGACCAACAACGAGCCCGGCGCUUACUUCAAUACUUUUGAGUUGAAGCUCCAUGAGUCUACUUCCAUAAGCAAGUUGAAAAAGGCAUGGGACGAUUUGGUACUAACAGAGAGCAUUCUAAGAACUGUUUUUGUACCCACCCCGGAUGGUUUCUUGCAAGCUGCCGUGCGAAAAUCUACCUUGGCCUGGGAAACACACAUUGUACAAUCGGAUGAUUCGAUUCAUGCAUAUCUUGCGGAGCAGAAGAAGUAUUGGAUCCAGCGGAACGAUUCCUCUAUCACACAGCCUUUGCUAUUCAUCUAUGUUGAGACACCGACAUCUAGACUACUUACGAUUCAUAUUUUCCAUGCACUUUAUGAUGGUAACAGUUUUGAUCUCAUGAUGAAGCGGGCCGCGGCGAAUUAUUCAGGUGUUGACGCACCUGACGCACCUUCAUUUCUUGAAGCUCUUAGUUAUGGUCCUUUGGCAAAGCAUGAUAACUGCAGAGGUUUCUGGGAGAAACAGCUAGAAGGUUGGACUUCUGUUUCAAUCCAGGCGCAUGGAGAUGGCGAACCAGAUGCUGUAGCCGUCGCUGAGCGGGAAAUGCCGACCGCGAGUCUUGAGGCGAUUCGUUCUUCUCAGAAUGUCACGCUUCAGGCUGUAGUCAUGGCGUUAUGGACCUCUGUUCUGCAGAAGUUCACCCAGCAGCAGCCUACCGUUGGUGUCGUUGUAUCUGGGCGAGCCAUCGACCUCCCUGGGAUCGAGAACACCAUCGGCCCUCUCUUCAACACCGUACCUUUCUAUUGUCGAGCGAUUCGUCACGAAAGCUGGCAGUCCCUUCUCCGGCGAUGUCAUGAUUUCAAUGCAUCAGUUCUCGAUUUCCAACAUGUCCCUUUGAAGGACAUCCAGAAGUGGUGCUCCAAGGGCAAAGCUUUGUUUGAUAGUCUCUUCACCUUCCAGAUCGAGGAGGCCACCGUCGCCAAUGAGAGCAGCCUCAUUUUUGAUAUUGGGGAUAGUCCAGCAACGCCUGACUACCCUCUUGCGCUCGAAGUCGUCCACGGUCGUUCGGGCAAUCUUCGACUGACUCUUGUCGCACAAGGACAUCUGGCGUCCUCACCAGUGCUGGAUAGCAUACUUGAUGACAUUGAGCGCUUUGCAAGCCUUGCUGCAAGCUCACCAGAGAGCGAGGUGCCCAUCCCCGACAUCGAGCAAAACUGCAACCUGGACACCAACAAUGAACGCAUCCAAACGCAGGAUUCGAGCAAUUUUGAAUGGAGCCAAGAAGCUCAAAUUGUUCGGGACGAAGUAGCUUUCUUGGCUGAUGCCGCCCCCUCUGAACUCCAUGAAAACGUAUCGAUCUUAGAACUUGGCCUCGACAGCAUAGAUGUGAUCAAGCUUUCUACCACACUCAAGAAGAAGGGAAUCCACCUGUCCCCUUCACAUAUCAUGCGCCACAAGACGAUUGUCAAUAUACUGGCUGAGUCGAGUGAUCUUUCUCUCAAAACGUCAACUUCUGCGGAUGAUGCUUCGCUGCUGCAGGUCAAGGCUAGGUUACGCGAAUAUCUUGAGGGUGUCGGUGCGGACCUGAGCCGCGUCGAAUCUGUUCUUCCACCCACCCAUCUUCAGGAGUCAAUGGUGGCUGGGAUGGUCCAGUCUAAUUUUGAAUCCUACUUCAAUCACGAUAUUCUUCAAGUGUCCGAUCAUGUCGACACUACGAGACUAAUCGACGCUUGGAAGGAAUUAAUUCAGCUUACACCUAUCCUACGGACAGGGUUUAUACAAGUCGCCCAGCAGAACCUGGAUAUGACAUAUUGCCAGGUCAUUGCAGAAUCUUGUGACGAUGACAUUGAAGUUACGACAGUGCAAAACUUGGAUGAGUUACGUCAACUCACCGCAGCAGCAACUGCAAAAGCCAGGGAAGGAGCAGGAGCAAGGCAUCUGGUUCAGUUGAAAUUGGCGAAUAUGGGCUCUCAUCGAUACAUGGUCCUUUCCAUGGCACACGCUCUUUACGAUGGAUGGUCCCUGAGUUUGCUCUUCCAGGAUCUCCAGGCACUGUUAGAACGAAGGCUGAUUACCCGUUCUCCAGUGGAACCAUUCCUUAUAAAAGUACUGGAGUCCACGAACCAGGAGGCGAAGGACUUUUGGACGCAGUAUCUGGAAGAUGCUUCGCCAUCGAUCAUUACUUCGAGUGAAACGUGGCCCAGCCCGACUGAGAACACCCUGCAACGGUUGGAGUCCGCUUCGAAGAUUGGCCUCCCCGAAAUCGAAACCGCCUGCAAAAGGCUUUCUGUAAGCUUGCAGGCACUCUGCCAAGCUUGUUGGGCUAUCACACUAGCACGCCAAAUCAAGAAGCUCGAUGUCCUCUUUGGCACAGUCUUGUCGGGUCGGGAUUUUGAUGGGGCAGACAAGCUUGUGUUCCCAACAAUGAAUACAAUCGCUCUGCGAUGUAUCUUGCACGGUUCAGUGUCCGAGUUUCUUCGGUAUCUUGAGGAGAACAUGAUCGAUAUCAGAGACUCCCAGCAAUAUCCACUGCGAAAAGCCCAAUCAGCAACGAAGCUCAAUGGACAAGAUUUGUUCAACACCUUGUUCAUCCUUCAAAAGUCUCCGGUCGCUGAAUCAUCAGACCGCCCCCUAUUAACAUCCAUUGAAGCGUCUUCGGCCACCGAGUAUCCCCUUUGCGUGGAAGCUGAAGCCAUGUCUGACACUCUCUUAUGGCGACUUGCUCUUCAGCCCCAGUAUGUCUGGGAUGGAGGACCGGAAACUAUUUUGGAGACUUUAGAUGCUGUCAUGGAUUUCCUGAUACGGCCUGGCUCCCAGGAGAUACUAUCUUUCGAAGAGCAUGGCGUGUCCAUCUGCGGUAUGGCUCCUGUAAUACUGGGCGAUGGAAGCAGUUCCGUGCCAGUUGAUUCUACAGAUCUACCGUCAGAAGAGGAUCGAGGGUUUUCCCAAAAUGAAGCCGAAAUCCGAAACAUUCUUCACCAGGUCUCGGGUGUUCCCCUUGCCUCAAUCAGGAUAUCCGAUAACCUUUACCACCUUGGCCUCGAUUCAAUUAGUGCCAUCAAAGUGUCGUCCCUCCUACGAAAGAUUGGAAUAAACCUCCGCCCUCAAGAUCUUGUUAAAUCCUCAAAUAUUGCAGAAAUGGCUCAACGCGUCACGCAAGCCCAAGCUAUAUCGUCAGAGACUCUGGGAUUGACCGAAGAAUGGGUCCCGCCCGACGAUAUCAAUCUUGAAGUUCUACUUCACGCCCAUGGAAUAGGAAAAGAAGAUGCUGAAGUACUUCCUGCAUUGCCAAUGCAAGUCUACAUGCUCGGUGCAUGGCAAAGAGCAGAGGGCACUGUAUUCUUUCCCGAGUUCCCAUGUCAAAUUAAGACUUCAGUUGAUCUAAACGGCAUACAGGCUGCCUGGGAUAAACUUGUGUCUGAAGUACCUCUCUUACGCACAUUUUUCAUUCCAACCCAAUCUCCAACUAUCCCGGUUUUGCAGGUUGUGCUCAAAUCUCACAAGCUUUCCUUGACUCUGGACCCCCCUAAAGAGCAGUCAACUCGGGCUGCCCAGCCACUUGUUAGAGCGCACAUCACGCUCCAGGAAGACUGCGUCUGGUUACUCAGACUUCAGAUCCACCACGCUCUGUACGACGGAGUCAGCCUUCCAGCCCUAUUGCGACGAUUAUCUCAACUACUACAUGGCUCUAUUGCCGUCCAGAACAAUGGGCUUACUCAGUGGAAGAACUUUGCAGUCCGUCAGGCUAGUGAAGCAGCCCAUAAGAAUAGACGAGCUUUCUGGAAAGCUUACUUACACGGCACCUCUUCCACUCCGAUUGCUGCCGAAUCGCAAGGAGACGUAAAGAACCGAACUUCUUACUUAAACGAAUCAGCGAUACCAGAUGCCAGUCAGAUACAAUCCAUUUCUACUCAGUCUGGCGUCUCACUCCAGUCUUGGUUCCUUGCAGCUUAUGCCAAAGUCAUCGCCACACGAAACAACAAACCAGACAAUGGGUCAGUGGUGUUUGGCAUGUAUCUCGCCAACCGAGCUGCUGCCAGCGAUAGGCUCCCUCAGGUCUAUCCGACUCUGAACCUUGUUCCUUUGAGGGUUGACUCGCCCAUAGAACUCCCUUUGUCUUCUAUUGCAAAGAAUAUUCAGAGAGACAUUCACCAGAUUACAUCUGAUGGACGAUCAGACGUCGGUCUCUGGGAGAUAUAUCAAUGGACUGGUGUACAAGUAGAAUCAUUUGUCAACUUCCUGAGCCUCUCCGACGAUACAGGCUCAGUAGAGAACUCGAUCACAAUUUUGCAACAAGAAGUAACUGACAACUCAUACCGCCAUCACGUGCCAGCUCAAUUUGAGGCGGCUCGUCAGGAAAGCUUUUCGGUGAAUGGCAUUCCGCUGGCUGUUGAUGUUGAGGCGUCCGUCGAUAAGGGACGUCUUGCCAUUGGUAUUUUCAGCUCACAGCAGCAGAUCUCUCGAGAAGAAGCUGUACUUGUGGUUUCUAGUAUCACCGACACUUUGAGACAUGCCGCUGAAUGA